AUGACACCCCUAAAGCCCCCAUAUCCGAAGUGGUAUGAUCCUAAUGCUAGUUGUAUGUAUCAUGCUGAAAAUCAAGGGCACUCUACAGAAAAUUGUCUCACCUUCGAAAGGAGAGUUCAAGACCUUGUUGAUGUGGGCAUUCUACAUUUUGAUGGUGUUAGUAAUGUGGUUGAAAAUCCUCUUCCUAACAAUACUGAUAGAAAUGUGAAUGCGGUGACAAAUGAAGACGGGAGGCGAGCCAAAAGCUGUGUUGCUAAAAUAAAGAUGUCUUUGCAAAAGGUAUGGGAGAUGAUGGUUAAAAAGGGUUUUCUCUGUCCUCAAAACAGAAUUAUCAAAGAAGAAAACAUAAUAGGUCCAAGUUUUUGCAACUUCCAUAGUACUGGUGAGCAUGAAAUCCAAUCUUGUAAGGGAUUCCGAGAACUACUUCAAGACAUGACGGAUAACAAAGAGGUCAAGAUUUUUGAUAGAAAAGAGGAGGCCGAUGAAGGAGAAAUAUGCGUCUCUGAUGAUCAACCGUCAGCUAUCCCUUACAGCACCGAUCGACCUUUGGUGAUUUAUUACGAGGCGAAGAAGGAAGAAGUCAAACCAAAGGAGAUAAUUGAGGUGCCAUCUCCUUUCCCUUACAAAGAUAAUAAAGCAGUACAAUGGAGAUAUGAUGUCAAUAUCGUUGUACCCGAAGGUGAAAAGUCAAAGGCUACGACUAGAAGCCUUAGUGAGGUGGGACAUUUUACCCGUAGCGGUAGAUGUUAUUCUCCCAAAAUGGUUGAACCAAAGAUGAAAGCCAUUGACUCAAACCAGAAAGGAAAAACCCCGAUGCAUGAGGAUGAAAUCAAUGUUGAAAUGCCAUCUGAGCAGGAAGUUAAAAAACCCGUGAAUGAGGAAGAAGCACAUGAAUUCUUGAAGUUUAUCAAGCAUAAGCUACAUCAAAAUGCCUUGCUGAAAGUGUUAAACCAAGCUUAUGUGGCAAGCAAUGUAUAUGUAGAAAAGCUUGACAGGUGGAUAAAUAAUCUGAAUGCGGAUAAUUUUAUCUCUUUCAGUGAUGAUGAGAUACCACCAAGUGGUAGGGGCUCUGUUAAAGCACUGCACAUUACAACCAGUUGCAAGUGUUACAUAGUGCCGAAUGUGCUCAUCAAUAACGGGUUCGCACUAAAUGUCAUGCUUUUGGCCACACUUUCUAAGAUGCUGGUUGAUAUGUCUUAUCUAAGGCCUUGUCAUUCCACAGUAAGGGCAUUUGAUGGGACACGAUGA